GGCCGAGUCUUUGUUCUUUGUUAAUCCAUCAAUCUUUGUCUUCUUGUUCGCCGCACGCUGUUUUCCACCAGAGAGUAAAGGUACUAAGAAGCAUACUUCACUAAGAGACAUGCGAAAGCACUUACAGACCUCAGCGAACACCAAUUUAUCCACAGCAUAAACCCCUCCGAUUAUGGCGCGUCCUAAAGCUCCCUCAAAACCAAAGCCCUUCCGCUUCACCUCUGUAUCCGGCAAACGCCGCAUCGCCAAAAACAUCCGCUCAAAAACAACCCCAAAUCAAUGCUCCUUCGUCUUUCUUAACCCAUCCAAAUGGUCCACCAAGCCGCCAAAAGGCUGGAGCAGCCCAGAAACCUGGAAACCAUGUCUGGAUACCCUGCUAACGACCACACAGGGCGUGUGUCUCGCAUGCGGCGACGAAACCGAGGAGCCUGACAACUGCGAAUGCAGCCUCGAAGCCUUCCGCGCGAAGGAUGCGCAGUGGAAGAAGCUCUUCGAGCUGAAAGAGGUUGAAGGCAUGGGCGUGGGCGUGUUUGCGAAGCAGAGAAUCGGGCCACGGACGGUAGUCGGUGAGUACACAGGUGUCUUGAACCCGCCUGGGCAUCUCUAUGAUUAUGGUGAAGUGGGGUAUCACGUUGAGGUGCCGCUGGGUCCGUCGAUAUUCUCGGAGGUCUUUGGGACCGUCGAUGCGACGUAUGAAGGGUCCUUCGUGCGGUUCGUGAACCACUCUUGCAACGCGAAGGCGAAUCUGGUAACGGGUCGGGUGGGAAGGACAAGAGUAAGUGCGAUUAUGAUGAAGGGGAAUAGGGCGGUGAAGGCUGGAGAGGAGCUUACGGUGAAUUACGGCCCUGUGUACUUCCAGGGGAAAUAUUGCUACUGUGGGUAUCGGCGGUGUAAGUACCCGGAUCCGAAUACUUAG